CAGAGAGAUGAAUAAUAUUGUUGUUUCCGCCCGCUUGAGACUUGAGUUUCCGCCCCGGCUUUCCAUAGUCCAUACUAAGAGAGAGAGAGAGAGAGAGAGAGAGGUUUUUCCGAGCAGUUUGUGCCCCGCCCAUUCUUCCUGCGAAGGUCCUGCUGCUGCUACACAGAAAGCAAAAAGUGAACAGUGUCUGUGUUGCAGGUGUGAAACAGAGACUGGAACAUUUACUAUUAGAAUGUGAAGAAUGCAGUGAGAUAAGACAAAACCAAACAUUCCUAUAAAAUACAGAAAACUAAACUAGAGACAAUAAAAUUGCAAAUAUAUUAAUGUUCGAAACUUUAUCAGUUGAUAAAACUGGAAAAAGAAAAGAAUAUAUUAUCUAAUUUUUUAAAAAAGGCAAAGAAAGUAAACCAAGAAUAGAAGAACUCAAGUAAGAAGAACAAGAAACAUAUAAAAAGUGGGAGCCGAUACAAAGGCUUUCAAUCCUACACCAACUACUGGACUGGAGGAAGUACUGUUCAGCUUCUGCCCAUUAGUGGUGCAGGCAAUUUUGUUUAUAGUGGUACACAUAUCAGGGCCCAUAUCACCACCCAAGUGCAUCUUUGGUGUGACCACCUAGAACCUGGGUAUCAUGGGGACAUGUGGAGGUUGUAGCAAAUAGUGGUGAGGCCAUCAGGCAUGCAGGCUCUGACAGCAGGUGACAGCAGUGGCUCUGGGGUGAUGUUGACCUCAGAGAUGCGCCUGCUGCCUUCAUGGGCCAAGUCCCAGCUAGCACACAUCCUGGAAGUAACCUAUGGAUGGCGGGAGGUGAUGGGUCGAGUGCCAGGACACCCGUGGGCUCCUGGAAUGCCGCUUCCUGAAGGGGAGCACUACCCUAGGAAGUAUUCAUCAGAUGACAUCCAUUUGGUGUCAGAGGAGUGUGGAAGAGAUCGACGGGAGGGAUUUGAGGCAUUGGUGGAAGAGUGGGGAACAAGCGGACGGAAACGGCCUACUGUGAGUGAUCUGGUGUCCAUCCUUAAGGUAGCCAAGCUCUACCGUGCAAUGGACUAUCUCACUGUCACUGUUCUCAAAGGUGAAGCACUGCCUCGCCAGGAGGGAGACAGUGAUGCCGAGGAUCAGUUGGACCAGGCACUGGAAGAGGGAAGUCAGACACACUACAGGUUCAUCUAUGGUGGCAGCAGCUACAGAGAGGACCAGGUUCAUCCAGGAGUUGACUCUCAAGGGGUUGUGGAUGGAGACUCUGAUGUUUUACAAAUGCUAGAUAGAGAGCUGAGAGCCCAGGAAAAUUCUGCUCAAGAACAGGGUAAUCCUCAACUGAAUUUUGAGGUUAUGCAGGAAUUGAAAGAGUCUGGAUUUAAACACUUUGCCUUCAGCACUGUAAAGGAAAUCACCAACAAAUUUAGUGACCUGCCACAUGAUCUAGGUGGCAAUAAGCUGGGUGAAGGAGCCUUCGGUACAGUGUACCUGGCCAGGGUGGUGCUGGGAGGUAGAGAGAAGAAGGUGGCUGUGAAGAGACUUACCUCAGGGGAGAACAAAGUGGAGGACCAAUUCAAGACCGAGAUUGAAGUUCUUUCAAGAUGUAUCCAUGAAAAUCUGCUGCCUCUGGUGGGUUACUCCUGUGAUGGGCCUGACUGGUGUCUUGUGUAUGACUACAUGGCCAAUGGCAGCCUGCAGGACCGCCUUGCCUGCCUGGGUGGGAGUCCUCCUCUUGGGUGGCAGCUAAGGGUGUCCAUUGGGGAGGGAACAGCACAAGGCAUUGUGUACCUACACACCCACCAGGAGCGUCCAUUGGUUCACCGCGACAUCAAGAGUGCCAACAUCUUGCUUGACGAACACUUCACACCAAAGGUUGGUGAUUUUGGCUUGGUGCGGUUGGGGAGUGGAGGCACCCACACUGCCACUCUCAUCAAGACCACCACAGUGUUUGGCACCUCAGCCUACAUGGCUCCUGAGGCCUUCAGGGGAGACAUCUCUGUUAAGAUGGACACCUUCAGCUUUGGAAUUGUGCUGCUGGAGCUGCUGACUGGCCUGCCAUCCUACCAAGAAGAGCGAGAAGGCUGUGACCUGCUGUCCUUUGUUCAAGAGAGUGAGGCUGAACCUUCUGAACUCCUGGACGAGAAGGCUGGCCAGUGGAACCAUGGUGUGGCUGUCCAUCUGUUUGGUCUUGCUGACCUGUGUACUGAGUCCAAAAAGAGGAGACCAACAAUGGUGCAGACCCUUCACAACUACAGAAAAAUAAUAAACCCUCAUUGCUGAUUUUUACGUAGUAAAAUAUGAGAUUUUGUCCCUGAAUGCAAAAUAUAUGAAUAUGCAUUUGAUAAUUAUAAAUAGCAUGUAGAGGUCUUCCUCAUGCUCAUAAGAAACAUUACUUUUGCUGGUGACUACACCAAGAUGACCAGAACUGAAAACUAAAGUACCUUUGCUGUUAUUCAUGAACUGUUAUCAUCAUGACUAUUUCACUGAAAUCAGUUAAAAAAAAAAUUUGUUAGCUAUUGCAGAUGUUAAUGUUACUUCCAUAUACAAAUAUACAAUAUGUCUAUAUAAAGUUUAUAAACAUUUUGUAAGUUUAUAUACUGGUUUUGAAAUCAGAGCCCUUAAUAAAGACUAAGUUAAAUGGUGAA